AUGUCCAAAUCCAAAAAAGCUCUCACAACAAGAGAUGUACCUCCUCAAUUCCUCGAGGCCGCGUUCAUGGUCGGCCAUGUUCCUCAAAUGGCAUUGCAGUCCGACCCACGCGUUUCUUACUCCCUCUACGUUCCACCUGGCCCUUACAAGUCGCUUGCGGCAAAUGAAGAGGACAACACCACAGAACUGCCAAUUCUAGUCAACAUCCACGGCACUCGAAGGAAUUUAUCUGCCAUCUAUGGCGAUCUGAAGACCUUUGCGGACUCGACACCGUGCGCUAUCCUGCAGCCUCUGUUUCCAGCCGGCAUCGAGGGACCGAAUGACUUGGACUCGUACAAGAAGCUCAAGUCCAAGACUUUGCGCUCAGACCUCGCUUUGCUGUCUAUGCUAGACGAAGUUGCAACCCGCUGGCCACAUAUUGAAACGACAAAGAUAUUCCUUAUGGGAUUUUCUGGCGGUGGUCAAUUUGCCCAGCGCUUUCUUUAUAUCUACCCAGAACGACUUGCAGCUGUUAGUAUCGGGGCUCCGGGGAAGGUGACACUACUGGAUGGCCAACAGACAUGGCCGAAAGGAGUCAAGGAUGUUCAGGAUGUGUUCAGUCGGCCAGUUGAUUUGGACACGAUCAAAGCUGUGAACAUUCACAUGGUUGUUGGAAGCAAAGAUACAACAGCCCAUGGUGGCAACGACUUCAAAGAAUGGCAAGCAGGAAAGAAGAGCAAGAGUGGGAACGUUGCUCCCGACGGAGAAGCCGCGCUUACUGGCAAUAUCGAAAGCUCUGAUGGAAAAGGAAGACUGGGCACAUUGCAGCAUAUUCAGGAGCUCUGGAAGACCAAUGGUAUCCACGCUCAUCUCGAUAUCGUAGAUGGAGUGGGUCAUUCUGCCGACGGUGUUCGAAGCUGUGUGUUGGACUAUCUCAGGCCUCUCAUACAGAGACCCAGCGGCUCAUAA